AUGAGUGUGAUAUUGGGUACAUCAUAUCCAUCAGACCUCUUUGAUGAUGAAUACCUUAUUCGGAUUAUUGAUCCGAACGAAUCGAUCCAACAUCCAACAGAUAGUUUAGGACCUUACUAUACCGUUGUUAAAAUCCAUUCUGACGUAGCAACCUGGCGUGAGGAAAUAGAAAAUACUAGAAGUCGAAGAUUUGCUGUUAUCGUAAUACUACCUACCCAAACAUAUGCCGAAAUCGUAGACUUUAUUCAAAAAAACAUACAUAAUCGUCCAGGCGUGGACACUUAUUUCAUACUAUCGGACAAUGGCUGCUGCUACAAACAGCAAUUGUGUAUAAGAUUCUAUCCUCAAUUGAAAUGGUCGCGUUCAAUCCAAGGCGCAUGCCAAACGCACAUUCAAGCCGCUUGCUGCACCGCUAGCGAUCUUUACAUUAACCAUUAUCUAGAUCAAGAGAUGAAGAGUAUACAUGAGGGUGACAAAGACAAGGUCAGAUGGUACCGCUCACAACAAACAGCUAGAGCUGAGCUGCAAAGAUUCAACUAUACUUGGUCGAGGCUUUCGUUUGGAGGACUCCAAUGGAUUAUGUAUACAGAUUAUAAUCUGCAGUUUGGUCUUUGGCGUGUUUGUUAUGGAGCAGUAUCUGCAACACGCACAUGUAGUCAAUGGUCGAGUGAUUCGAAUACAGUCGAUUCUGCUACGAAUGCUGUGAUUUUCAGCGGAAAACCGGGUUUUAUUCAAGCUGCUCAAGGUCUCGAAAUUACUUCUAUUAUUCUGUAUAUUAUCGCUGGAGUAUUGAUCAUUCUUGGUAUUAUCGAUCUCGCAGUAAUGCCGCUGGAAACCAUGUUUCUAGCUGCAGCUGCACUUCUCUUUCUCACCAUUAUCUUCUUAUCGGCAGCAUUAGGUGUAAUGAGUGUUCAAGGCCGUAGUAAUCACCCCGGUGCAUAUCUAGAUUGGGCUUGGUGGAUCGGCCUUCUUGGAUUAAUCGUCACCAUAAUCUGUGUAGUGCUCAUAAUUGUCUUCAUUCUUGAUAUAUAUCAAACUAAUACACCUAAAAUGAACAACGGUAACAGUUUCACUCCGCAACGACAAAACUGGAGUGGUUUUGCACCAAUGAUAGCUGGAAGUUUGGCAUAUCCACCACCUUACUCUUCAUAUCCAUCUUAUAACCAAUGGCCAACGGGUUAUCCAGUUCCGGCGCCAGCGUCAUCACCUCCACCAUUCUAUCCGAACUAUCCAUACCCUAGCUAUGGUGGUAUGUUCGAACCACCAGCGUCGCCACUGCUUGCGUCCUUAGCUCGUCAACAACUUGCUAAUAUACGACGAUUUUAA